AAUCCAGCGAUCCUCUUUUUGGAAGUGCAUCCUUCUUUGUCUCAAAUUUCAUUUUUUUUCUCGCAAAAACAGAAAUUGCAGGAGAAGCUCAGUCGAUCCGGCAGCAACUGCGAAGAAAGAAGGCAGAAUUAAUUAAUGACGCACCUUCAUAACCGCAUUCUCCUUUGUUUUCAGAUUUUAGCUUUGCAUAAAUAUAAACUGCCGGAGAAGUUCGGCAUGAUCCGGCAGCAUCUGUGGCGAGAGAAAGCACAGUUCACGUUUCGAGUCCAGUGAGCCCUUCUUUUCGGAAGUGCAUCCCUCUUCGUUUACAUUUUAUUUUUGCGAAAAGAAAUUGUUGAGAAGCUUAGCAGAUCCGGCAGCAACUGUGAAGAGAGAGAGAGCGAGCGAGAGACAGACAGAGAGGAAAGCAAGAGUUCACGUUUCCAGUCCCGUGAGACCGUCUUUCCAGAACUGCACUCUCUGCUUUUAAUUUUUUUUGCAAAAUGUGUUUUUGGACGGUUUGAUCUUUCAUGGCCACCGUCAUGUGUGCAGCAGCACGCACAAGUUGAGGCAUUGCAGGAAGAAAAGUUUGGGCAGAACCCGUUUGUUCUGCUUUCCUCUCUCCCGUAUCCUUUCUCUUUCUCUCUCUCUCUGCCUGCGGGAAGUGGAGCUUUUUGCAUUUGUGUGUGGUAGCUCGCGGGCAGCAUCGCCCCGCGCGCGCCCGGCCUGAGGUUCCAAUUUGGAACGUUAGGUCGUCCAACGGCCUCCCCGUUCCCCGGGGGAACGUCCCACUCGGCCCCAUUGUUCCUUCGCCAUGCUCGAGCCGCUCGCGCGCUGGCUGCAGGUGCUGCUGCUGCGGGGCAGCGAGUGGCUGCUCGGAGGCGGUCUCUCUGAUCCCGGUCUCGGUGCUUCACCCGCGACCGCUCUGCGCCUGCUGCCGGGCGCCUCCGUCGUGCUGCUGCUGGCGGCUGCCGUCGUCGUCUUCGUUGUUGUUGCUGUUUUCCUCCUCCAGGGUCGAGGCCACGCCGCCGCCAGCCGGGCCCCGCCGGUGGAGGAGCGCUCGCUGCUCGGGGAUGCCGCGACGCCUCCCUGGAAGAAGCCGAGGCAGCACGAAGAGGUGAGGAAGAAGAGGAGGAAGGAGAAAGCGAAGGUGCCACUGAACGGACAUCCUCCCCUUUCAAAUGACAUACAACUAAUUGUUGCAGAAGAAACAAAAGAGUCACAAGCUACAGAGAAGAAAGGUCUUAAGGUCAAGAAGAAAAGACAGCGCUUAGAUGAGAAAUCAACAGAGCAAAGUACUUCAGGAAGCAAAGAAAAAAAUGAGGAAGAUGCUGGCGACUGGGUUAUGAAAAUCAGUAAUCGGGAGAAACGACAGUUGAGAAAAGAGCGCCAAAAGAAAAAAUGUGACACAACAAGUUUCUUGGAUCCUAAUUUUCCUCUUUAUUCCGAUGGAAGCAAGGCUGCUUCAAGAUCAGCUAAGGACAGUCGGGGCUCAGAUGAUCAAGAAGAGACCACUGCAUGGAAGGCUUCAUCUGAUUCAUUAGCUGAUACAGUUUCCAGCUGGAAUGAGGCCACUGACAAAGCCGUCACGUGGCAAUUCACGGGGGGAGGAGAUGCAAGCUCUGUGGCAUGGGGACCCUCAGACAGACCAAUGACUACCUCAGGUUGGGGAGUGACAACCAAGGACUUGAGUAGUAGUGGAAUUGACUGGGACACUGCAGAUUCUGCUGAGCAGGACAUCUUCGCUAAUAUAGGUACAUGGGAAAACAAGACAGGUGUUAGAAGCCCUCCUGUGACCUUUGGAGCAUUUACUGAUCCUCCCGAAGCAAUUAUCCAAGACACAACUUCAUCUCAAGAUAGUCCAUCAAGGUGUUAUUUGAGUGCCUCAUUACCUUCUCAUACAAUUGAUGAAGCAUGGCUUGGACUAGAUCCCUUUGCCAUUGACCUUAACUCUGAUUGGAGCCCACCUACAGAAGAAUGGGGCAACUGGACAGGGGAGGAAACUUUAACAGCCCAGGAACUAGGAAAAGAGAAACUAAAGGUGUCCAAUGGGGAGGAAGAAAAAUCUCAGGUUAACCCUGCUGGCGUUGGGAAGUCAAAACGAAAGAAGAAAAAGAAGAAGGUCAAGCAAACAGAGGAUUCUGUUGGAAGUGAAGAGGUAACAUUGGAAAAACCCAGCACUAAAUCACAAACUGAAAUUGGAAAAAUCCAUCCAAUUAUUACUAACUCUUCUGAAGUCCAUUUUAUUUUAACGGGUUCUGAAAUAAAUAAGCUCAAAGAUGAUUCUGAAAAGAAGAUUCUGAAGGAUGAGGAUUCAAAGGGAAUGGUAACAGAAAGAUCGGAAAUUGGAAUAGAACAGCGUUUAACAGAAAUUGCUUUUUCUGAUCCGUGGAAUACAGGGGGCAAUACACCAUCCAGUAAAAAUAAUGGCUUCACUUUAGAUUGUGCCAAAACAGAAAAGAAGAAAAUGAAAGCGAGAAGAGAAACCUGAUGCUGCCUUUUCAUUUGUGUAAAUGGUUCAGGUUUUUACCUCUGAUAUUGUCACCAGUUACUGCUAAAUUAGCUACAAGCGUUCGGCAGCAGGAAACAUUGCACUAAGUUCAUAAAAUGAACAAAGGGACAAAACAGUAGGAAACUCUGGUCUAGUCAUGGAAACCACAGAGGUAAGGCAAAGGAGUAGUUAAAAGCCAAGUUCUUAUUGUUACUGAGAGGUGAAAAUCAGCUGUAAAAGGGAUGUAUCUCUUACGUUCCCUGUAAAUUUUACUUGUUAGCACAACAGGGAAUGCAAAAGUUGCUUUGCCAGUUCUAAGCAGCCUCAAAUGUAUGUCAAUAUAGAAACAGGCAAGACAUUUUAUUUAACAUGUUGUAUAUUUACUUGUAAUUUGUUUAAAACUGUCCGUGCUCAUUUCGUCUCCACAGGAAUAGAUAUAUUGUGUCUUAUUGUGUCAGAGUCUGUACUUUAAAACUAAUCAUGGCUGCAUGUCUGUGUCUUCAGUAAUUACUAUUGGUUACUUGCAGUUAGGAUAUUAAGAGAUUGUUUCCCUCGACAGUGUUGAGGCAUAAAUUUGGAAUCAGCUGUUGUUUGUCUACUGUCAGCUCAUAGCAAUAUUACAGUACUUCAGGUAUUACUCAGUAACUUUACUUGUCCAGAUUAAGUAUUUAAUUACUAUAAUUUUGCAUCCUUCAGGAUGAAAAUUGACAAAACCUGUUUUUGCAAAAUAUGCGGGACAGCCAUAGAACCCCAACCUACUCAACAUGUUUUGUACCUUUUUGUCAGUGGUGCCAAUAAUUUUGCUUUGUUUUUUGAUAAAUCCAUACUUUCACAUUUGAGUGUUCUAUUAUCAGUCGGACUGAUUUAUUUCUGAUUCCUGGAAAGGGAAUUAAUAUCCAAAUUUAGAAUAGUUAUUAAAGAAUAAGAUUAUCUCAUUCCAAUCAGCAGGGUAAUCUUUAAUGGCAUAAUAAAAGCAAAAUAUUCCAGAUGCUGGAAACCUGAAAUAAAAAGAAAGUGCUGGGUAAAUUCAGCAGGUCUGGCAGCAUCUGUGGAGAGGAUUGGCAGUACAGUUAUUAAUCUAAGUAGAAUGGAAGGUAGAUAUUUCCAAGAAAUGGGCUCAUUUUAAACCAUUUUGCAGUAAACAGAGUCAGGGUUAAUGUACAAAUAUGAAAGUUUAAGAAUUAACUGAAUUGGGGCCUUCUGAAGAGUGCUUAACUUUGUUACCUUGAAAUAGAGCCUUAUAAAUUUCACAAAAUGUAAGUGUCAGUCAUAGGCAGUCAUCUUACAAUAUAAUGACCUGCUGUUGCCUUCUGAGAUCUAGCCUUUUUUCCAUGAAAUUUUUAAACUAAAUUUAUUUUCAUGUUUCGUCCAAUAUUGUUAGACUAAAUGAACCAUUGAGCAGUAAAAUGGCAAACUGUGCAAUCUCAGGUGAGAUUUGACCACUUACAAUAUAAUGAUAAUUGUUUGAAUUAAAGAAAUGAAUUGUUGUGUUGGAAUCUGACAACAGUAAAACCUGACUUAGCGCUUACAAAACAUGAAUAUCUCAACAAGUAAUCCAACAACAUUGAAUAUACACUGGCAAGAACGCACGCCAGAAAGGUGUGUGCUUACAGAAAGUAAAUCAGCACCUGUGACUUUUCUCGGUGUACAUCUUGUGAUUUAUUUUUUAGAUGUAAUUCUGCGUAAAAUUGGGUGGUUUUCCAAUUUCAUUUGGAAGAAAAUUCAGUUGAAGGGUAAUUUGAAAUCAAAGCAACAUAGUAUUUUAUGUAAAUAGCCUAACAGACAACUGAUACCUCCUAAACCAGUAUCCUUAAAUAAAAACAUUUACUAUUUGCAAAGAGCUAUACUAUCCGUAUUUAUGAAAGUGUUUGCUACAGUUGCUAACCCAUUACAUUUUUUUUAAACAAUCAGUGGUAAACAAUUAUAAACUCAUGCAAGAUUCUGAUUAUCUGCAUGACCGAUGGAUUUUUUUUUCCAGCUGUACAAAGGACAACUUUUUAAACUGGUCAUGUGGUGGCCAAAUCAGCCUUAAUGAUGACUUGACAAUUUUAUAGGAGUAGGUUUAACAGUUCUCACUAAUGUUCAUGUUAGACAAUAUUUCUUUGUUUUUAUAAUUGUUGGAGUGUUUUAUUUCCUACCCUUCCCCAAUGGCAGCAGUUUAUAUGGAAUUAUGAUGUACUUCUGUGAUAUAUUUUUCAAGAUAAGAUUUGACUUCUUGUCUGCCAUGAACUUUAAUGCCUGUUGUGCUUUAGCUAAUUAGUUUACUUUUAUUUCAUAAACAUCCUGAUGCAAUGAUAAUUUGCUACAUCAAUUAAUGUAAAAUUUAAUUUUGAAAUAUUUUGUAGCAAAUAGUAACUAUUUAGUUAGGUCAAGAGGUGUUUUAUUCAAACCCAUAUGUAACUAAAAUCUAGUUUAUGCAACUUUUUUCUGUUCUGAUGACUGAUUUAGUCAACAGAACUAAUGCUAAGCAAACCAGUAUAUAACACAUUCACUUAAAGUUUGGGAAACUUUAAGACAUGCAACACAGAAGAUUUAAUGGCAGGUUUAUGCUGCAUAGAAUGUGUUUAACAAGGGAGCUACGUUUUUAUGAUAACUGAAUUACUUUUAAUUUUCAAAUUUGAAUUCUGGGUUACUGAAGCUUACUGAUUUCCUACUUGUAAAAUGCUGAACAGUUAUUCAGUUAAGAUAGUCCAUAAAUCAAUUACUGCGUUUUUGAUAAUAUGGACAAUUUUUCUGCAUUACGUCUGCAUUAUUGUAUAAUAUGUUUGCACUUUAUUGUAGCAUUUGUGCGAUAUUUUUUAGUUUGCGUUCUAUAACAUGUUCUGUGUUUCAACAAGUAUUUAUCAUGAGGUAAAUACGCUACACAAUGGGGAAUAGUGGAACACACAGUUUAUCCUUUUCAUAAGAUAGACCUGCACUUCAUGAAGGUCUUAAAAAAGGAUAAUAAAAAUACUUUCAUGAUAGUAAACCUUGUGUGUGAUGUAAUCUUUGUGUUAUGUUAAUUUAUGUAGAAUAAUUUGUUUUAAAAAUCUUUUAUAAUACUUUUGGAGGUAUUUCUCAUAAUGAACAUAUAGCUGUGAAAAUGGAGUUUGUACAGUGGUAUUGUAAUUUGCGAUAUAGUGAAUACGUUGAAGGUGUACUCAGCACAUGCUGGUAAUUAUAUGAUCAUUUUUAUUGUGUAAAGAAAAUGACGUUUUACUUGACAGCUAAUGGUAAAAGCAGUAUUUCAGUAUACAUUUUGUUAGACCUACAUAAACUGUUUACAUAAACAUUUGAACAUUUUCAUUAAAUGUCAGUUGCCAUACUCGGGCAAUAUUAAACAACCAACUGAGCAAUUCA